AAUGUGUGGAAGUAUAUCCUGAAUUUUAUGAUAAUAACGUUAAUCUAGGAAGAAUCAAAUUGUAUUCUCUAUAAAACGCAUGCAUUAAGAUUAGAGAUCAACAGGUAUGGAAUAAGUCUGUACUGUGUAUAUUUAACUUUUUGCUGAGCAAAAGUGCGAAUAAUGGCUUCAGCAAUAUUGCAGAAAGCCAUAGACCUGGUGACAAAGGCUACAGAGGAGGAUCGUAAUAAGAACUAUGAGGAAGCUCUCAGAUUAUAUGAGCAUGGCGUUGAAUACUUUUUACACUCAAUCAAAUACGAGACGCAUGGAGAUAAAGUGAAGGAGAGUAUAAGAACAAAGUGUAUGCAGUAUUUAGAGAGGGCGGAAAAAUUGAAAGCUUACUUGAAGAAGAGUAAGAAAAAGCCAAUUAAAGCUGGGGAAGAUAAGAACGCGAAGAACGAAGAUAAGAAGAGCGAGAGCGGUGAUAGCGACACUGAUAGCGAUCCGGAGAAAAAAUUGCAGAGCAAGUUGGAAGGCGUCAUAAUAAAUGAGAACACAAAUGUUAAAUGGAGCGACGUUAUCGGCCUUGACGGAGCCAUAGAGGCUCUGAAAGAGGCUGUUAUCCUGCCGAUGCACUUUCCUCAUCUCUUUACCGGAAGACGCAUACCUUGGAAAGGUAUUCUAUUAUUUGGACCACCGGGUACCGGUAAAUCAUAUUUGGCAAAGGCCGUGGCAACGGAAGCCAAUCAAGCUACCUUCUUCUCCGCAUCGUCGUCAGAUUUAGUGAGUAAAUGGCUAGGAGAGUCGGAGAAGCUUGUAAAAAAUUUGUUCGAACUAGCACGACAAAAGGAACGUAGUAUUAUAUUCAUUGACGAGAUAGAUUCGCUGUGCUCGUCGCGUUCGGACAACGAGUCCGAAUCUGCAAGGAGGAUAAAAACAGAAUUUCUAGUUCAGAUGCAAGGUGUAGGAAACCAUAAUGAAAAUAUACUUGUCCUGGGAGCCACCAAUAUACCUUGGGUUUUGGAUUCCGCGAUCAGGCGAAGAUUCGAAAAGAGGAUUUAUAUUCCGCUGCCUGAAAAACAAGCACGUGCUGCUAUGUUCAAGCUCCACUUGGGUAACACAUCGCAUUGUUUAACGGAAGACGAUUACAAGAAAUUAGCAGCAUCCACGGACGGUUACUCCGGAGCCGAUAUAAGCAUCAUUGUACGAGACGCUCUGAUGCAACCUAUCCGGCAAGUGCAAACGGCUACGCAUUUCAAACGCGUCACAGGACCGUCGCCCAAGGAUCCUUCCAUUAUUGUCAAUGAUUUACUUACUCCGUGCUCCCCUGGUGAUCCAGCCGCCAUAGAAAUGAAUUGGAUGGAAGUGGAAGGCGACAAGUUGUUCGAGCCACCAGUUACUAUGAAAGACAUGUUAAAAUCGCUAGCAACGACCCGUCCUACCGUGAAUGAAGAAGAUUUGGCAAAGCUAGAAAAAUUCAAAGAAGAUUUUGGUCAAGAAGGUUGAGAUGUCUUUGGGCUUUCGCGUAAUUAUAAGUAUAAAUUGAUUUAUAACUCAAUUAAAAUGUCCUUAGUGUACACGCUCGCCUUAUUCCUCUUACAAUAACAUUUGAUUUAAACGUCUAUAUAAAUAAUUACUUGAAAACGAGUUUCUUUUUUUCUAUCUUCUUAGUCCUCUUUUCAAGCGCGAAACGAAUACAAUCUGGCAUUGUAUAAACUUAUAAAACUCGUUCGUUUAUUUACUUGGCGAAAAUAGUACAUAAAUUAAGAAAUAAAUCAUAUAUAUAUAUAUUUUCAGAUGAAAAGUCUUAGACUUUAUAUAAAAUGGAAGAGAUAGAUUAUUUUUUAUCACAAAAAUGCAAAAUAGAAAAAUGAUGAGGUAUAUGACAAACCUUGCGUUUAAUGCUUUACUAUAUAAUCACUCUGAUAUAUACAACCUAACAACAUAAUCGUGUAAAAAAAAAACAUUUAUAUAGGUUUAUAUAUAGAUUUUAGUUAUUUCUUUAUCACACCUUUGAUUAUGAUUUUUAGCUGCUCUUGUAUUAUUCCAAUUUUAAUAAUAUCGCUUGCGAGAAUUGAAUGUGGCGUGGUUAGAUAUAAUUUAAGGAAAUCGCUAACAUUGAAGAACACAAAUAAAUAGAGCAUAAUGAGUAUCAUGUAAUACACCGAGAGAGUGUUACAUAUAUACAUAUGUAUAUCGCCAAUAUUCAAACUGGUGUUUUCAUGUAAAUUGUUUUUAUUGUUAACUAAGAAUAAAUAACAAACUCUGUAUACUAA